UGAGCGAGGGAGGGAGGGAGUGAGUGAAGGGGGAGUGAGGGAGGAGGCGGAGGCAGGUCUCACGAGCAGCAGUUCCCCGCGCUACGUCGGACCGAAAGCAAAACGCCGCCGCCGCCGCCAUCACACCAUGAGGGGCAGCCGAGGAGCCGGAGCCUGAGAUGCCAUUUGUGCAGCUCCGUGACCCUGGGCAGAAAAUGGAGGUGCGGAGUGUGAGCGAGGAUGAAGGAAGAUUCAAGGAGAUUGCAAUCACACACCAUGUAAAAGAAGGCUGUGAGAAGGCUGAUCCAACACAAUUUGAACUGCUUAAAGUGCUUGGUCAGGGAUCUUUUGGAAAAGUCUUUCUGGUUAGAAAAAUAAUAGGGCCUGAUGCUGGACAGUUAUAUGCAAUGAAAGUGCUAAGGAAAGCAACUCUGAAAGUUCGGGAUCGUGUUCGAACAAAAAUGGAACGAGAUAUUUUAGUAGAAGUAAACCAUCCAUUUAUAGUUAAAUUACACUAUGCCUUUCAGACAGAAGGGAAACUUUAUCUAAUUUUGGAUUUCCUCAGGGGAGGAGAUGUAUUUACACGCUUAUCCAAAGAGGUCAUGUUUACUGAGGAAGAUGUCAAGUUCUACCUCGCAGAAUUGGCCCUUGCUUUGGAUCACCUACACAGCUUGGGAAUUGUAUACAGGGAUCUGAAGCCAGAAAACAUUUUACUUGAUGAAGGAGGACAUAUCAAGUUAACAGAUUUUGGACUAAGUAAAGAGUCAGUUGAUCAAGAAAAGAAAGCGUAUUCGUUUUGUGGUACUGUGGAAUACAUGGCACCAGAGGUAGUGAACCGGAGAGGUCACACACAGAGCGCUGACUGGUGGUCAUUUGGCGUUCUUAUGUUCGAGAUGCUUACUGGUACAUUACCUUUCCAAGGAAAAGACCGUAACGAAACAAUGAACAUGAUACUCAAAGCUAAACUAGGAAUGCCUCAGUUUCUUAGUCCAGAAGCUCAAAGUCUUCUCCGAAUGUUAUUCAAGAGAAAUCCUACAAACAGACUAGGAGCUGGCCCAGAUGGAGUUGAAGAGAUCAAAAGGCAUCCAUUCUUUUCUACCAUUGACUGGAAUAAACUGGUCAGAAAGGAAAUUCAGCCUCCAUUUAAACCUGCUUCUGGUAAACCAGAAGAUACUUUCUGUUUUGAUCCAGAAUUUACAGCUAAAACACCAAAAGAUUCACCUGGCAUUCCACCAAGUGCUAAUGCACACCAGCUGUUCAGAGGAUUCAGUUUUGUGGCACCUAAUCCAGUAGAAGAAAGCCAAAGCACUCCUCUCACAACUGUGCACCCUAUUGUACAGCUACAUGGCAACAGCAUGCAGUUUAGUGAUGGAUACGAGUUAAAAGAAGACAUAGGUGUUGGCUCCUACUCGGUCUGCAAGCGUUGCAUUCACAGAGCUACAAGCAUGGAGUUUGCAGUCAAGAUAAUUGAUAAGAGUAAACGAGAUCCUUCAGAAGAAACCGAGAUACUAAUGCGUUAUGGACAACAUCCAAAUAUCAUUACUUUGAAAGAUGUGUAUGAUGACGGACGUUAUGUUUAUUUAGUCACUGAAUUACUCAAAGGUGGUGAGCUGCUCGACAGAAUCCUCAGACAAAAGUACUUUUCAGAACGAGAAGCCAGUGCUGUAUUAUUCACAAUAACAAAAACUGUGGACUAUCUGCAUUGUCAAGGGGUUGUGCACAGAGAUUUAAAGCCAAGUAAUAUUUUGUAUAUGAACGAAUCUGGUGAUCCUGAAUCCAUCCGGAUAUGUGACUUUGGGUUUGCAAAACAGCUGCGUGGUGAAAAUGGACUCCUCAUGACUCCGUGUUACACAGCUAACUUUGUAGCUCCCGAGGUUCUUAUGCGACAGGGUUAUGACGCUGCCUGUGAUAUCUGGAGUCUCGGCGUGCUCCUGUACACAAUGCUAGCUGGCUAUACUCCUUUUGCCAAUGGACCCAAUGAUACCCCAGAAGAAAUUUUAUUACGAAUAGGAAGUGGCAACUUUUCAUUGAGUGGAGGUAACUGGGAUACCGUCUCAGAUGCAGCAAAGGAUUUGUUGUCGCACAUGCUUCAUGUAGAUCCCCAUCAGAGGUUUACAGCUGAGCAGGUUCUCAAACAUCCCUGGAUUGCUUGCCGGGAUCAGCUACCACAUUUCCAACUAAAUCGACAGGAUGCACCUCAUCUGGUAAAGGGCGCUAUGGCCGCUACAUAUUCUGCCCUCAACCACAAGACAUUUCGUCCAGUGUUAGAACCAGUUGCAGCUUCAAGUUUAGCCCAACGGAGAGUUAUGAAAAAGCUUACCUCAACAGACUUAUGAAAUGAUAUGAACUGGCAAUAUGUGACUUUUUCAAUCGACUUGAAUGCGGCAAGAUCCCAGUGGUUGUAUAAACAUUUUUGCUUUUAUUUUUUUUUUACUUUUGAUUAUUGGGAAAUUGAAUAUCAAGUUACCACAUCUGGAUUUGAAGGAUUUGGAUGACCAGAGAAUGAAAUGAGAUUUAUAUCAAUUAUCCUGGGAGUGUUGCAGUGGACAUUCAUCACACUUAAAAAUGUAAAGUUAAAGUUUCACACAGGUUUAUAUCCUGAUAAACCAUUACUCAUAUAUGUACUGUGUUCAAAAGGGCAUAACGGUUCUAUUCAGGGCAUCAUCGUGAACAGCGAAGAAAGUGGUUUUGCUUUAUGCGAUCUUGUUCUGAGACGUUGUCUAAUUAAACUUUGUAUUUUAUUUAUUUACUUUCAUUUUCAAGAAAUACAGUACUUUUAGAUAAAGUUUAUUUUGAGGUCAAUUUAUAUAUUAUCAUUAAAAUGUCAUAUUGCACAUCACUUGAGUUGUCUGACAGCCUUAAAUAUUGCUUCGACACAAAUGUCCUUUAUUUGGUUUUCCAUUUUUCCAGAAAUUGCUAUAUAUACAUAAUAUAUAGUCGUCGAAUUUCUGCAUUAUUGUAAAUAUGUAUAGAAUAUCUGAGGGAUACAUUUUGGGGAAAUAAAUCAUCUUUACUGUUUAGGUCUCACUGUGAAAUCUAAAAAAAUGGUAACACUUAUGAGAGAUACAUGUUAACCAAUGGAAAAGCUAACUCAAGGCACAAGUAUUGCAAGAUUAUUUCUGAACAGACACAUGGAAACAUUAACAUUACACAAGAAUUCUGAUGUACGUCAUCUUCAUGUUCAACAUAAUACCAUUUUAAUCUUAAUUUUUGUGAUUUAUGAGAAUGGAGGUAGCUAAUGAUGGAAUUUGGUAUGGCCAAAUUAAAGCUGCAUUAUUUUUUUCAAUAAUCUCGUCACUGUCUUUUUUAAAAUCAACCAAGAAUCAUCUGUGUAUUUGAUUUAGAACUCCGCCAUAAGUAAAUGGAAAACUACAAUAAAGCUAAGACAUUUCAACUA